AAGUUCAUGCAAAACAACUGCGUAGAAUAACGUUUCGAUAUGUCAAAAGUGAGAUAAAUAAAAGCCACAUACAAAUUAAAAUUUACACAAAGUAACAAAAUUACCAAGUACAUAUUGUACUUUUUCUCGAAAUCGUGCCAUUCUAUAGAGAUAAUACCACAACUCAGACGCAAGAAUUUAGCUUAUGAUAUAAUAUAAUAAUGUCGCGUACACUGAUUCGCGCACUCGAAAGCGUCGGCCGCAACUGCCACAUACCGACAACAAUCGGCAUCCAUGUCCGGAAUGCGUUGCUCAACGUCGAGAUGCCAAUGGCGGCCAUGAGGAUUAGUGCAGUAAACUACUCAAAGCGCGGAUCGGGAUCGCCCUCGGACGCAGGCAGUCCGUUUAAGAUUGUCAGCAGGACGCGUGAGCUUGCCGACGAUGAUCUCAACAGCAUUGAGUCCGAACUGAACUGGGAGCUGACCGCCCCAAAGAGCAAUCGCUUCUACUUGCCGAACGGCUAUGGCCCAGCCUGGCAGGGCUAUAACUCCACGAUUGAGCUGAUGACUCCGCUCUCGCAGCUAGUGAAUUUCAAAAAGGACGCCAAUGCGGACAAGUCCAGUCUCGAGGUCUCCUGCUGCCAGUGUCCCAUUCUGAUACGUGACACCCUCAUCGAGCUGUUCCCAGUGCGCGCCGUUGCCAACAAGGAGACGGCCAUCACAUUGCUCACCCUGAGCUAUGAGGGCGACAUCGAAAUAGGCGCCACCAAGUUUGUGCUGGCCGCCAGAGACAUCAGCGAUCGUCUGUUAUCGCUGGGCUAUUGGUCAGACUUCCUCAAUCCGUUCAGCGGACGACCCUACUUUAUGCCCAAAGAUGAUGACAAAUUGUACAAGCAGGAUUGGCGCUUCCGCGGACUGAACAUGAAUCUAACUGUUAAGAACCAUUGCAUGGUGAUUUCGGCCGAGGAGAAUGACAAUACCCACUUCUCAGGGACCAUUUACUGUACGGCGCCCAGCAACUACGAUGUGCUGGUGCAGCUGCUGGCGCCCAACGAAGAACAGCUGAAACAUAACCGGCUCUUUUAACACAAAAACAAACAAAAAAGAGACCGGGACACCCCUUAGCACAAUUAGCUGCCCACCACAGGAUAGUAGAGAAUGCUGCUAAACGACGAUGACGAAGACAAAGCCUAUUUGUGAUGAAUACUGUGGUAACUGUGGUUAGGUUAAUAGUUCCGGCUUUGUAUAUGGCUUACAAAGACAGUGACAACUUGUUAUUUACUGCGAGAAAAUACAUUAUAAGAUUGUUUUGUUCCUACUA